AUUAUUAUUAUUAUUAUUAUUAUUAUUACUAUUAUUAUUAUUAUUAUUAUUAUUAUUAUUAUUAUUAACAAUAAUAAUAAUAAUAAGAAGAAGAACAAAAGCAGUAGUCCAUCAAGACUGUUCAUUCCCCCAUAUGGCAUUGUCAGAAAUGCAGCAUUUUUCUUUUUUAUGGAAAUGCAGCAUUUGUUUAUUAGUUAUUGAUGAUCAGAAAUCACGGCAACAUAGAAUGUGACCAUUUAAUAUAGAUGUACCUAUAAACAAAAUUACUUUGUACGUUAUGUAUGGAUACCGAAUCGCGUAACCUUAAUAUGUAGCAGGCGGCAGGAAUUGAUGGGACUUGGAAACACCCCCACAAUUUAAUCAAUUGUUCCUUGGAUCAUUUUCGAUGGGUAAGUCCCGAUGAGUCCUCAGCCGUGGAUUUGUAGUAGGAUCGCAAUCAUGUGAUCAUCAGCAGGCAGCUGACAUAGUGUUCACUUGUUGUCAUAGUUACAGUGACGCCGUGCCGUUAUCUCGCAGUGACACAGAAAUCUUUCACAAAUCCAGACUAUAAACUUGCACCACUGCCAAAAUCUAAUCAGUUGGUUCUUGUGUCAUUUCUGACCUGUCGUGAAACUUUCAUUCAAAUCUGUUACUCUGUUUUUAGUAAAGUUACAAACAGAUAAACAAACCAACGCCGAUCAUCACAUAAUUCUGUUGCGUUCCUUGGCGGAGUAGUAAUCAUGUGUUUCAAUUUAGUAAAAUUGCUGUAUUUAAUGAAGUGGUUAUUAUAUAUAGUAUUCUGUGGCAGCCUGGCUACUGAAGUAUUGCUUUUACAGCGUACUUUAUGACUUUACAUGCUUUGCUCAAACUGAAACAGCGACAGACACGAUUCUACAGAAAUCUCUCAUCACACACUCUCAGCUUGUUUUAAUCUCUCUUUCUAAAUCUUUCUCUCCCACUUCCCACCCCCCACUUUAAUGCUCCUCAAAUGUUUGCCAAGGUAAGCAGCCUCAUCUCCUAUCUGGGAGGAGAGAGUAUAACUCUUCACAUAUCUUCGCCUGUCAUGGUUCAGGCUGCUCUCGCCUCUCUUGCCUACAGUUUGGUGUGUAAGGAGUAGCCUAGAUGUCAGAUUUGAAACAUGAAGUGCAAAGAAAAAUAACCACUACGUAGCUUUCAAGUUGGUGAUUGCACACCCACGCAGAGCUUCAGCAUUAGCGUGAUGAGAGAUUAAUGUCAGCAGAACUGUUGCUUUUUGUGCUCAUCAUAAACAGCAUUUAAGCACUAAAAACCACAUACCAUUGAACUGCCUGUUUUGAGAUCUUUGAGCCCAAAGUUAUUAUAGUAUGCACAAGUUCUACAAUUCAUACAGGAUACUAACUUGUGCAGAUUGGAUAUGGAUCUUCUGUGCACAAGAUAUAAGAGUUAAAACUUGGCUCAUCUUUACCUAUCUUGUUUAUGCGAUACAGUAUAACAUUGGUUUUAAAUGCGAAAUGCAAAGGAAAGCAAGGGUUAGAAGCACCCAGUGCUCCACUUUUAGAUGAAGGAUUAAUGUCCACAGGAUUGUUGCUUUUUGUGCUCUUUUACCACCAUGAAUAGGAUUUAACCCUCUUGACCUCACCCAGUUCCUGUAUGCUAUUUGUUGUUGUUGUUAUUUUGGCCCUGUCAUGUUUUCCUCACUGUGGACUCAUUUUCAUCACAGCAUACACUAGCAUUUAAAAGUUUGGGGUCACCCAGACAAUUUCAUGUUUUCCAUGAAAACUCACACUUUUAUUCAUGUGCUGACAUAGUUGCACAAGGGUUUUCUAAUCAUCAAUUAGCCUUUCAACAGCAUUAGCUAACACAAUGUAGCAUUAGAACACAGGAGUGAUGGUUGCUGGAAAUGUUCCUCUGUACCCCAUGUAGAUAUUCCAUUAAAAAUCAGCUGUUUCCAGCUAGAAUAGUCAUUUACCACAUUAACAAUGUCUAGACUGUAUUUCUGAUUCAUUUAAUGUUAUCUUCAUUGAAAAAAAACGGCUUUUCUUUCAAAAUAAGGACUUUUCUAAGUGACCCCAAACUUUUGAACGGUAGUGUAAACUCCAGCACAACCAUGAUGUACCUAUAACAGUAGUGAGAAGUAAAAUCAACCAUGCUCAAUUUUUUUUCCAAUUUGCACAGGUGUUACCAAUACUGAAAAAAAAAUGUACUGAUAUUUUAUACUUUCAGUUUUAAUUUGUUUCCAUACUUGUCUCCUCUCUGUUUGAAUAGUCUGUGAGUGUUGGUUACAGCUGAAUCACUAAUCGCUUCAAGGUCACACCAUUAGUGCAGAAUCUGAUUCAUGCAAAUGAUUUUCUCGGUGGGUUUUUAACUUAUCCAUGUUGAGUAAUAUGAUUUUGAUCAAAUAUCACAAGUUCAAGAGCAAUUUAAGUUGUUUUCCAUAAAUUACAGAUAACAAACUCAAGUUGAAAAUCUGUAGAUUCUUUCAGUUUUUCCCAUUUAUGACUCUGAUAAACUUGUGCAAUAUUGGUGACUUUUAAAGGUAACAUUUGUUUGAACCUUCUGACAGGUUUCAGGGUUCAGAGGGUUAAGCACACAUACAUUAUAGCUUCUGAAUGUUUGCCCUCUUGUCCUGCUGCACUAAUUCCUGCCUGUCAAUGAACUCUGAAUUAAUCUAGCUUCCUCUUGAGAUGAACAAACCCAUUACCACAUACCUGCUUCUCCAUUCCUCUUCCCUCAUGCUUUCACUCCUAAUCCUCCCUCUAUCUGUGCCGCCUGUGCGUGCAUCUGUGGGAGUGUAUUUGGAUUAUAUGGAGAAUUAGUUGGCCUUUUUCCUCCCUCAUGCCUGAUGAUGCCCUCUGCUUAUCUAAUGCUUUGGGCAAUGGAUCAGGGUUAGGAGGUGCCAGUUGGACGGAGUUUUUUUUUUAAUAUAUAUGUGUCUCAGUGUGUGUUUAUUUGUUGGGUUUUUAAUGUUUUUUGACAGGAAGAGGGGAGGGUGUUUUUUCUUUUUUUUUUUUUAGAGGGAGGGAUGAAUUCCCUGUUUCCUUUUGCGCUUGAAUGUGGUGAAAUGUGGAGAGUUUAAGCGUUGCCACUGUGUGGGUUUUUUGCAUCUGUGAUAUUUUUGAUGAGCAGGUGACUUUUUUUAGCCAGCGGCUACAUGCAUUCAUGAAUGACCGAGCGUCUGCAGCUGUUUGUGUGAGCAGAUUUAAAGAGCUGUGGUCAUCUGAAGGUGUAUGAUGUGUACUCUUCCAUCUGAGGGUGUGUCGUUCUGCCUCUCUGCAGCAGCCAAGAGUCUCCUCAACAAGAAGGCUGAUGUCAAGAUCUGCUGAGUCACCACUGCCCAACUUUUACGUCGAGUCAAAUUGGUCCCCAGUUUCUCUGACUGAUUUCUUGGCUUUGACCAGCUUUGAAAUUUGGUUGAAUAAUCCCAUCACUAACUGAAGGACUGUUUCACUUCGGCUCUGCUCUGGGACGUCUCCGUUUGGCUCAGCCAGCACUUUGCAUCACUCUACCACAGACAUUUUUCAGCCCAAAUAUUUUCCGGUGCCAAAAAGAAGCUCAUUAAAGAAUUGGUCUGUGCGCGGUUUCAUUCUCUGAAGAGAGAGACGCUGAAUCUGCAGUAUGUCAGACUCCAGCGUCAUCGGUGCACCUCUGUUAGCUCCUCGUCUGCCACACAAGUGUUGCAGUUUGUCGUAGUCUGUCAGGUUCUACAUGUGUUUGUGUCCUGUGUACACACUGCUGCAAAUGUAUGUAUGUGUAGAAGUGGUGUCAUGCAUGUUGUGUUUGCAUGCGUCAACUUUUAAGCCUUUGAAUGAGCAGUUAAUAUAAGUUAGACUCUUGUUCAUACAGGAUACUACAUUGUGCGAUAUGACAUGGAUCUCAUAUCCAUUAUCUAUACACUGCUUAAUCCUCAUUAGGGUCGUGGGGGGCUGGAGUCUAUCAGGGGACACCCUGGACAGAUCACCAGUCUAUCACAGGGCUACAUAUAGAGACAAACAAUCACACUCACAUUCACACCUGCGGACAAUUUAGAGUUACCAAUUAACCUCAGCGUGUUUUUGGACUGUGGGAGGAAGCCGGAGUACCUGGAGAAAACCCACACAUGUACAGGGAGAACAUAUAAACUCUGUGCAGAAAGAUCCCGGGAAGGCCGGGAUGCAAACUAGGGAUCUUUUAGCUGCUAGCCGAUGGUGCUAACCACCAAGCCACUGUGCAGCCCGUGGAUCUCAUAUGCACAAUCUAAGAUGAAUUUUUGACUAGUGACUAAUAAUAACCUGAGGCCUGAUAUAGCUUAAUUCCAAACUAAUAAGUUUUCUGUACAAGACACCCAUUUUGUUUAAGCAAGAUAACAUCAUAUAUGAUAGAAGAUUUUGUAACAAUAAAAGAUAUGCUUACAGGAACCCUCUGGGGUCCAAGUAACACCUUCACCAACACUCCUCACCAAAUUUCAUGACUGUGGGAGUUAUGGGAGUUAUACCUCUGGAGAUAAUAAACAACAAAAUGGUCUCCCAGCUACAUUAGAUAUUAAUUCACAUAUUCAUUUGUACACACAAUCUUGUUUAAACAGUAUAAUAACGUGCACAAAUGAUGGAUCUUUAUACACUCAAGAUGUCUGUCUUGCCAAUAAGAUCUGGAUCUUAAUUAAAUAUGAUGCUGAUUUGUCUGAAAAAUGACAGGAUUUUACUCAAGAAAUAUUUUGUGAGUUAAACAUAUGGAUCUUGUUUGCGCAUGAUAAUAUUUUGUGUUCAUAACUUAUGGUGUGCUUUUUACAAAGCAAUUGGUAACAAGCACAAUAAAUAACUUUAUCAAUGCAAGAUGUCUUCUGUGCAGUCAAUACAGAUGUUGCUGAAGUACAUAAAAUACUGUUGGAUCUUAUCAUCUAAAGACUUGUUUGUGGACAAAAUAGCUCUUGCAAGAUAAUGAAAAUGCACACAAGAUGUUUUUCUUAUUUAUACACACUCGAUACUGACCUUGUUUACAUGAGAUAAAUUAUACGUACGUGAUAAACAAUUUUUAGGACUUUGAGAGCUCUGCGCCUUUUUCGAGGUAAAGUAGUGUGCAGUGGUUUUAUCAGUGAGUCAGUAACAGCUGCUUCUCUUCUCCUCACCUGUUUUCUUUAUGACACUUUUUCUUUAAUCUGCAUCGCCUCUUCCUCCUCCUUCAGCCUCUCCUCCUCUGCACACUAACCCUCCCCUCUAUCCUCGGGUGGCCCGAUGCUAAUCUCAGAUUAUUUCCCACCAGAUGAUUAAUCUGUCAUUACAUAACCGCAGCUUCUCCUUAGCUGCACCAUGACGUCACAUGGACCCCCGAGGCUGGUUCAGUAUUCCUGCAUUAGCACCCUCGCUUCUCUGUCCCAUCUCAGUUUACAGCAGUUUCCUGGGAAUAUGCAGGAUUUUUUAAAUUUACUUUCCAAAUAGGUGCAAUAGCUGAGGGCAAUCAAACAGAGCUGUUAUGUAAUAGUUGUGCUUUAUUGUUCUUAGUAGGAAGUCACAGUUACAACGGAGGACAGGAAGUAGACUGUUUUCUUGAGAUUUACACCCAAAUUAACACCUCAUAGUGUUAUUAUGUUAUGCUUCCUUAUUUCCUCAUACUAAGGAACAAAACUGAGUAUGUGCACACAGUGAAAUUUUCAUUAUGUGCUGGUCAAAGACUAGGGCUGCCACAAACAACUAUUUUUCUGUUGAUUAAUCUAUUAACUACUACAACUACAAUUAGUCACAUCAGCUAAUUUUCCGCAGUAAAACUGACAGUGAAAUGACUGUUUCAUUUGAGUUAAAGUGCAAAACUGUAUAAUUAAACUCGAAAGUGGAAGCUCCAACAUCCAUCCAUCCAUACACCGCUUAAUUCUCAUUAAGGGUCAUAGGGGGCUGGAGUCUGUCCCAGCUGACUUAGGGUGAAGGCAGGGGACACCCUGGACAGGUCACCAGUCUAUCACAGGGCUACAUAUAGAGACAAACAAUCACACUCACAUUCACACCUACAGACAAUUUAGAAUCAGUUAACCUAAGCAUGUUUUUGGACAACCGCAAUUUAUAGGACCACAUGUUUUUUCUGAAUACACCUCAUAAACAGGGAUGGAUGGGUUUAUAGUUUUAAUAUGAACUUUAUUAAAAUUGAUUAGCCUACAUUCAAUAUAUAGUAACAUGUUUUGGACUGUGGGAGGAAGCUGAAGUACUUGGAGAAAACCCACGCAUGCACAGGGAGAACACGCAGACUCCAUGCAGAGAUCCCGGGAAGGCCGGGGACCUUUGAGCUGCAAGGCAAUGAUACUAACCACCAAGCCACUAUGCAACCUGAAACUCCAACAUGAUAAAAAUAAAUACACAAGAAAAGCACUCAGAGAGCAUAGUACUCCACCAAGCCUGCUCAGUUGUUGUGUGAUUUCCGACAGAUACGUCCCGAUAAGUCCUCAGUGGGCGAUUUGUUGUAGGAUCGCAAUCAUGUGAUUGUAAAGCAGGUAGCUGACGUAGUGUUCACUUGUAGUCACAUGGUUACACUGAUGCCGUGCUGCCAUUUCGCAAUGAUGCAGAAAUUUUUAACAAAUCCAUGGCAAUCCAGACUAUAGGCUGCAUCACUGCCAAAAUCUAAUGAGCUGGUCCUUGUCUCAUUUCUGACCUUCCUUAAAAGUCUCAUCCAAAUCCGUUAGUCCGUUUUUGAGUAAUGUUAAAAACAGACAGACAGACAGACAGACUAACAGAUGGACAAACGUACGCCGAUUGUCACAUAACUCCGUUGCGUUCCUUGGUGAAGUAAUUCUCAAGCAAGCAUAAGUUAUGGCAACUGGACUAACCUCGUGUGAGUCGAAAACGUUUCACCUCUCAUCCAAGAGGCUUCUUCAGUUCUGAAAGCCUGGUGGGGAGUACCAGAUAUUUAUCCACCAGGAGGGUGGUGGCAAAAACAAGUGGACAAAGACCCGAAACCAAUAGACUCGUUAGGUGUUAAUGUGAGUCGUUAGCCUUUGAUGGGCGGUCGUUACCCCUCCCAGCCCUCUAGGAGGGUGGUUGGGGGUCACCUGACUGCAGGUGGGACAGAUGGCUGCACCUCCUUGGGAGGGCUCUAAGAACGGCGUUGUAAGUGGGAGACAAGUGGUGUCUGAGGCCCCCUCCUCUGUUCAAAGAUGGCCGUUCUAGUUUGACAUGAAUGGCUUCUUUUACCCCUCUCUCAAACCAUCUGUCCUCUCUGGCUAGAACGCGCACCUUGUGGUCAUCAAAGGAGUGCCCCUUCUCCUUGAGGUGGAGGUGGACUGCUGAGUCCUGGCCUGUGGUCGUGGCCCUCCUGUGUUGUGCCAUGCGCUUGUGUAAUGGCUGCUUAGUCUCUCCAAUGUACAGGUCAGAGCAUUCCUCAUUGCACUGCACUGCGUACACCACAUUGCUCUGUUUCUCCCUUGGAAUUUUGUCCUUGGGAUGGACCAGCUUUUGCCUCAGAGUGUUGCUGGGCUUGAAGUGUACUGGGAUCUGGUGGGUGUUAAAGAUCCUCCUGAGUUUCUCUGAAAUUCCUGCCACAUAGGGGAUGACGAUGUUGUUUCUCUUUUUGUGGUCCUCGUCUUUCUUAUCCUCCCUGCGCUUUUUUGCUGUUUUGAUAAAAGCCCAGAUUGGAUAGCCACAAGUUUGAAGAGCAGAGUGAAUAUGUUUGUGUUCCCUUCUUUUUCCAUCCGCUUCUGAUGGGAUGUUCUGUGCUCUGUGCUUUAAGGUACGGAUCACCCCCAACUUGUGUUCUAGUGGGUGGUGUGAAUCAAACACAGGAGAAACACAGGAGAAACGGGCACUGAUAACUCUGCAGAAGGAUCCCAACAUCACAAUCCUACCUGCAGAUAAGGGGAGAUGUACUGUUAUCCUUAACACAGCUGACUAUCACUCAAAGGUCAGCAGCCUCCUAUGUGACUCAGCAACUUAUGAGACCCUAAAACGAGACCCCACCAACACCUACAAACUCAAAGUGGUUAACUGCCUGCAAAAACUGGAGAAAGGUCAGAUCAUCGACCGGGCCCUGUACUACAAACUCUAUCCAGGCGAUGCUAUCCCUUGCAUAUACGGGCUGCCAAAAAUUCACAAAGAGGGCGCCCCUCUGAGACCAAUUGUAAGCAGCAUCAACUCUGUGACAUACAACAUUGCUAAGUAUCUUGCCACCAUCCUUUCCCCAUUGGUGGGGGACACCCCCCACCACAUAAGGAACUCAAUGGACUUUACAAACAAGGUCAGAAAAAUCAGCUUAGACCCUGAGGAAACUAUGGUUUCAUAUGACGUGACUUCGCUUUUUACUUGCAUUCCCACUGGAGAUGCAAUACAGACAGUAAAGAGAAAACUGCUGCUUGACAACUCUCUGUCUGAGAGGACCAACCUCUCCCCCGAACAGGUGUGUGACCUCCCUAACCUUUGCCUCAGCACCACUUAUUUCCAGUACAACAACGGUUUCUACAGGCAAAAACACGGCUGUGCCAUGGGAUCCCCUGUAUCCCCCAUUGUAGCUAACCUGUACAUGGAAGAAAUGGAGAUUGUGGCACUGAGAACAUUCAGUGGCCACUCCCCGAGGCACUGGUUCAGAUAUGUGGAUGACACAUGGGUCACUAUCAGGAAGGGUGAGGUCGAACCUUUCACAGAACGCCUCAACUCUGUGGAUAAAAACAUCAAGUUCACAAGAGAGGAUGUCCAAGACAACUGUCUGGCGUUUCUAGAUUGCGUGGUACGCAUUGAAACCAAUGGGGAACUCAACAUUGGGGUCUACAGAAAACCCACUCACACAGACCAGUACCUCCUGUUUGAUUCACACCACCCACUAGAACACAAGUUGGGGGUGAUCCGUACCUUAAAGCACAGAGCACAGAACAUCUCAUCAGAAGCGGAUGGAAAAAGAAGGGAACACAAACAUAUUCACUCUGCUCUUCAAACUUGUGGCUAUCCAAUCUGGGCUUUUAUCAAAACAGCAAAAAAGCGCAGGGAGGAUAAGAAAGACGAGGACCACAAAAAGAGAAACAACAUUGUCAUCCCCUAUGUGGCAGGAAUUUCAGAGAAACUCAGGAGGAUCUUUAACACCCACCAGAUCCCAGUACACUUCAAGCCCGGCAACACUCUGAGGCAAAAGCUGGUCCAUCCCAAGGACAAAAUUCCAAGGGAGAAACAGAGCAAUGUGGUGUACGCAGUGCAGUGCAAUGAGGAAUGCUCUGACCUGUACAUUGGCGAGACUAAGCAGCCAUUACACAAGCGCAUGACACAACACAGGAGGGCCACGACCACAGGCCAGGACUCAGCAGUCCACCUCCACCUCAAGGAGAAGGGGCACUCCUUUGAUGACCACAAGGUGCGCGUUCUAGCCAGAGAGGACAGAUGGUUUGAGAGAGGGGUAAAAGAAGCCAUUCAUGUCAAACUAGAACGGCCAUCUUUGAACAGAGGAGGGGGCCUCAGACACCACUUGUCUCCCACUUACAACGCCGUUCUUAGAGCCCUCCCAAGGAGGUGCAGCCAUCUGUCCCACCUGCAGUCAGGUGACCCCCAACCACCCUCCUAGAGGGCUGGGAGGGGUAACGACCGCCCAUCAAAGGCUAACGACUCACAUUAACACCUAACGAGUCUAUUGGUUUCGGGUCUUUGUCCACUUGUUUUUGCCACCACCCUCCUGGUGGAUAAAUAUCUGGUACUCCCCACCAGGCUUUCAGAACUGAAGAAGCGUCUUGGAUGAGAGGUGAAACGUUUUCGACUCACACGAGGUUAGUCCAGUUGCCAUAACUUAUGCUUGCUUGAGACUUAUCAUGACCUGGAUGACUGAGAACAUCCACAUAUUUAUUGGUGAAGUAAUAAAUAAAAAAGAGGACUUAUUUUA